AUGGGCAGGAGCAGCCGAGUGGGCAGGAGCAGCCGAGUGGGCUGCUGCGGGUGCCGAGGCGCGGAGCAGGCAGGCGGGAGGCAGCGGGAAAGGCGUGUGGAGGCAGAGCCCGCGCACACCCUGCAGCUGGGGCUGGCAGCCUCCCGCGGCUGGGGCACGGCUGCCCCAGGCACCGGGCGUCGAGCGGGGCCGUGGCCAGGCCCGGCUGGGCUGAACGGGGAGGGCUGGAGCGUGGCCAGGCACGGGGCACCCACGCGACCGUGCUGUGGCGCAGCUGGCACCGCCUGUGCCGUGCUGUGGGGCAGCCACCGGCACCGCUCCUGUGUGGCCAGGCACAGCUGCUGCUCACCUGACCCUUUUCAGAAAGCCAGCAUGCCGAAUAGGUGCUGCUGGCUGCUCCCCUGGCACGGGGUGGAAUGUGAGGUAACAUGGCUGGGCAUGGCCCUACUGCCUCCCAACCCAAACCAGGAUUGGGGUGCCAGCAGUGAUGCCGAGGGUGGCACUGGCACCCUCCUGAGGCUACCAGAUGUCCCAUAUGGCAUGGUACUGGGAUAUCCCAAGGCCUGCAGCUCUGUAACCACUGUCCCCAGAGGCAUGGGGUUGAUGUUGGGCAGCAGUGGCAUCAUCCUUUUCCCGCAGGCUCCCACAAUGAGUGGCAGGCUCCUGCUCCUUGCUGUCCUCCUCACACUCCCGGGUCCCCCAGCUGCCACAGCACAGAAGAGGAACCAAGCAGUGUGCAAGGAUGUGCUGGAGGCUGACAUCGCCUUUCUGGUGGAUGGUUCAUCCAGCAUUGGCAGAAACAAUUUCCGUGCCAUCCGCACCUUCAUGGAUGAGCUGGUGGGGCCCUUUGUGCAGGUGGUGGGCGAGAAGGCAGUGCGCUUCGCGGUGGCACAGUACAGCGACGAGCCACGGGUGGAGUUCCCCUUCUCCCAGCACACCGAUGGCACCAGCGUCCGGAGGGCCAUCCAGCAGCUGAGCUACAAGGGCGGCAACACGCGGACUGGUGCUGGUUUCCGCUAUGUUGCUGACAACUUCUUUGGUCCCACACAGCUCCGGCCUGGGGUCCCUCAGAUCUGCAUCCUCAUCACUGAUGGCAAGUCCCAGGAUGAUGCUGAGGGGGCAGCAGCAAAGCUGAAGAGACAGGGCAUCAAGGUCUUUGCCGUGGGGAUCAAAAAUGCCGACCACAAGGAGCUGAUGCGUGUGGCCUCUGUGCCUACUGAUGCCUUCUUCUUCUAUGUUGGUGACUUCAAGCUGCUGGGGACACUGGUGCCACUGAUGACACGCAGGGUGUGCACGAGCAUUGGAGGCACUCUGUACCACCCAGAUGGGCCAAGUCAUACUGGCCCCUCCAACCUGGAGAUCCUGGAGCAGGGCCUUGACCAGCUUCUGAUCCGCUGGACGGCAGCCAGUGGCCCUGUCACUGGUUACCGGGUGCAGUAUGUGCCACUGACGGGUCUGGGGCAGCCAAUCGUGGCAGAGAGACAGGAGGUGAGCCUAGGACCACAGGAAAUGAGCACUGUGCUGCGGGGGCUGCGUGCAGGGACGGAGUACCUGGUCACCGUCACUGCCCAGUAUGCCAACAGCAUUGGCGAGUCAGUGUCCAGCCGAACACGCACCCGGCGUCUCAUGGGUGUGCAGCACUUGGCUGUCCACAAUGUCUCUGCACAGAGCAUGCUGCUGGCCUGGCAGCCUGUCAGUGGUGCCACUGGCUACCGGCUCUCCUGGGCGACCCUCACAGGACAGGACAGGCACAGGGUGGACCUGGAUGCUGGGAAGACAUCGCAUCCAGUGGGGGGGCUGCAGCCCAACACCAACUACGUGGUGACGGUGGCCCCGCUUUUUGGACAGCUGGAGGGACCCACGGCCACAGUGCGGCAGAGGACAGAGGAAGGUGUGGAUCAGAUGCUGCAGACCAACAUCCUGGGCCCCACAUCCAUCCAGGUGGUCUGGACUGGUGCCCGUGAUGCCCGCGGCUACCGUCUGGAGUGGAAGAGAGCCACAGGACUGGAGCCCCCCAGGACAGUGUCACUCCCCAGCAAUGCCAACGCCUACCAGCUGACAGGGCUGCAACCAGGCACUGAGUACCGCAUCACCCUUUACACACUCUAUGAUGGCAGAGAGGUGGCCACCCCUGUUACAACCUUCCAAACAGGUGUGGAGGUGCCCGUGGGCACCGUGUCCAACCUGCGACUCAUUGAGGAGUCAGGCAGGCGGGUGCGGCUGGGCUGGACUGGUGUCCCCGGUGCCACUGAGUACAAAGUGGUGGUGCGCAACAACCAGGACGGCACAGAGAGGACGAGGCGUGUCCCGAGCAGCCAGACUGGGCUGGAGCUGAGCGACCUCCGUGAGGGCAUCACCUACCUGGUGCGUGUCUCAGCACUGGCAGGCAGCCGGGAGGGUAGCGCCGCCACGCUCACCAUCCGCCUCAAGUAUCCGGCAGUAGGCAGUGUCUCGGAGCUGCGGGUGACAGAGACCAGUCCCAGCCAGCUGCGAAUCACCUGGCGAGGGCUGCCAGGUGCUGGGGGCUACCUGCUGACAUGGCAAGGCAGCGAUGGCCUGGAGCAAUCCCGCUUCCUCCCCACUGACCCCACUGCUUUCACCAUCGAGGGGCUGCGUGCAGGCACCAUCUACACUGUCGGUGUCUCUGCCAUUGUGGAUGGCCGCCAGGGCAGGCCUGUCACCACCACAGGGCGGACAGCACCCGAGCAGGUGGGGACGGUGUCCCAGCUGGAGGUGCAGGAGUCCAGGAGCAACAUUGCCCGUGUCACCUGGGUUGGUGUGCCAGGAGCCACUGCCUACCGCGUGGUCUGGAGCCGCACUGAUGGGGGCUCGGAGAGCAGCCGGCGAGUUCCUGGCCACACGAGCUCCUUUGACAUCCCUGACCUGGAGGGUGGCGUCUCCUACACCGUGAAGGUGACAGCUCUAAUUGGCAACCGGGAGGGCAACCCUGUCUCCAUCAUCGUCACUACCCCGGAGGCAGCCCCACUGCCCCCUGUCAGAAGCUUCCGUGUGACAGAGGCGUCUGAGCGCCGCCUGCUCCUGGCCUGGGUGCCUGCAGCUGGCAGUGCUGGAUAUCGUCUGGUUUGGCGCCUGGCUGAGGGAGGGCCCCAGCACAGCCAGCAGCUCCCAGCCACCACCAACUCCUAUGACCUGGGGGGGCUGGUGCCAGGCCAGCGCUACCACAUCAGCAUCACCAGCUUGGCUGGCAGCCGGGAGAGUGAGCCAGCGACUGUUACUGCUGUCACUGCAGCUGCUCCAGCCCACGUCACCAACCUGCGUGUGACAGAGGUGCAGAGAGACUCAGUGACACUCACCUGGACCUCUGUCUCUGGUGCCUCCAGCUACAUCCUCUCAUGGAGCCCCCCUGCAGGUGAGAUAGGCAGGAGGACGGUGCCUGGUACUGCCAGCUCCCAGCAGGUCUCUGGGCUGCGCCUGGGCCAGAGAUACACCUUCACCCUCCGCCCACUCCUGGGGAAUGUGCCAGGCACUGAGAGCUCAGUCAGCGAGCGCACAGUCUGCAGGGAUGCCCGCGGUGACAUCAUCUUCCUGGUGCAUGGCACCCGUGACAGUUCCUCUGGUGCUGACGCCAUUCGCACCCUCCUUUCCAACACUGUGUCCUCCCUGGGGCACCUGGGCCCAGAAGGCACACAGGUGGCUCUGGCCACAUACAGCUACCGCAGCCUGCCCUGGCUGCUCCUCAACCGUUCCAGCGACCUGCAGGCCGUGCUGGAGCAGAUCCGCACCAUGCGCUAUGAGGAGCCCAGCGGCAAUGCCAUUGGGGCAGCCAUAACCUUUGCCAGGACCUAUCUGCUGAGCCCCAAUGCAGGGCGCCGGCCCAAUGUGCCAGCAGUACUGGUGGUCCUGGUUGAUGGCCCUUCUGGGGAUGAUGCCAUUGCUGCAGCCAGAGAUGUUAAAGCUGGGGGGGUCCAGGUGCUAGCAGUGGGUUUGGAGGGGGCAGACCAGGAGCAGCUCCGGCGCAUGGUCACUGGUGAGGACCCACGGUACAUCUACCAUGGUGGCAGGACCCUGGCAGAGCUGGAGGGAGAGCUCACUGAUGACCUCUGUACCAUCAUAUCCACCAGGGGUGAGAAGGGAGAACGCGGUGAGGCAGUGAGUGCUUUGGUGUCAUCCUCCCCCAUCUGGUGGCUCAUGGAGGGGCUGCAUCCCACAGGGGAUGCUCAUCACUGGCUUUGUCUCUAUAGGGACCACAAGGACGAGCAGGGCCACCAGGCCUCCCUGGCGAGCCGGGCCGUCAUGGGCCGCCUGGACCUCCGGGCCCCCCGGGGCCACGGACUGUGCCAGGAGAGACCAUUGAGCGGCCAGGCAAGAAGGGGGACAGGGGAUUCCCUGGCGCUGAUGGAACACCAGGAAGCCCUGGCCGCCCUGGGAACCCUGGAUCACCUGGCCAACCAACCAAGUGGGCCGCGGGGGCCGACAGGGCUUUCUGGCCCGAAGGGGGAGAAAGGAGAGCCGGGAGAGCCCAGCGUGAUCAAGGAUGGAGGACCGGGGCUGCCAGGCAGGAAAGGGGAGCCAGGAACAGCGGGCAGCCCUGGUUCCCCUGGGAGCCCUGGCCCAAGGGGACCAUUUGGUGAUCCAGGUCCCCCUGGUCCACUUGGACCCAUGGGGCCACCAGGACCUCCAGGAGAGUUUGUGAAGGGAGAGAAAGGUGAUCGAGGGGAAAGGGGCCCCCCUGGACUGGUGGAUGGGGCAGCACCUCGAGGGGAGCCUGGCCCCCCGGGCCUGCCUGGGGACCCUGGGCCUCGAGGACCUGCUGGGCCCCCUGGCCUCAAAGGAGAGAAGGGUGAUGGAACAGAAGGUUUCCCAGGGCCACCUGGACGCCCUGGGGACCCAGGAGACCGGGGCCCACGGGGACCACCAGGGGAGCAGGGCAGGAAGGGAGACCGUGGGGCACCAGGUGACCUGGGAGAUACGGGCGAGAAGGGAGACCGUGGCAUGCCAGGCCCUGAGGGCGAGAAGGGAGCUCCAGGACCAGCUGGGCCCCGUGGGGAGAAGGGUGACAGAGGCUUUCCAGGACCAGAAGGACCUCCUGGCCCCAAGGGUGAUGCAGGAGAUAAAGGUGCCCGUGGUGCCCCUGGUCUGAGCAUCCCAGGACCAGCUGGCCCCAAAGGCGAGCAGGGUGAUCGGGGCAUCACUGGCCUCACGGGCAGGAGCGGCCCAAAGGGUGACCCAGGGGAGCCAGGAGAGAAGGGUGAGCCGGGCCGAGCAGGCAUCCCAGGACAGACCGGGCUGCGUGGCAAGGAGGGGGAGCGUGGAGAGAAGGGUGAUGAAGGCACCCCGGGUGAAGCAGGUCUGCCUGGCAAACCUGGAGACAGAGGCCCACGGGGCCUCCCUGGCUACCGUGGUCCCCCUGGGGAGAAAGGUGACCCAGGGGACCCAGGUCUUGAAGGCAGGAAUGGCAGCCCUGGAGCACCAGGGAGUAAAGGUGACCGUGGGGAGCCGGGGCUUCCUGGACCCCCAGGACGAAGCGUUGACAUGGGGCUCGGAGGAGCAGGGGACAAGGGUGAGAAGGGGGACCCUGGGGACCCUGGUGAGGAUGGCGCAAAGGGUGCCCGGGGUGAUGCUGGCUCCCCUGGUGUGCCUGGAGAGAGGGGUGUGGAGGGCCCUCGUGGCCCCCCUGGUGCACGGGGUGACCCUGGUGACCGAGGACUACCAGGAGAAAAGGGGGACCGUGGCCCACCGGGGCUGGAUGGCCGCAAUGGGCUGGAAGGCAAACCUGGGCUCCCAGGCCCCAGCGGGCUGCGGGGGGACCCAGGGAAGCAAGGAGACCCUGGCCGGGAUGGACUGCCUGGGCUGCGUGGGGAGCAGGGACUGCCUGGCCCCAUUGGCCCUGUGGGACCACCUGGCGUCCCGGGCAAACCAGGUGAUGAUGGCAAGCCUGGCCUCAAUGGCAAGAAUGGAGAAGAUGGCACACCAGGAGAGGAUGGGAGAAAGGGUGACAAAGGUGACACAGGACCCCCUGGCAGAGAGGGCCACAGCGGUGCCAAGGGCGAGCAGGGGGACAGAGGUAUGCCAGGGCCCCUUGGCCCCCCUGGCCUCCCUGGCAUCCCGGGGCAGGUUGGUCCCCCAGGCCAGGGCUCGCCAGGCCUCCGUGGGGUGCCUGGACCAAAGGGGGACCGAGGGGAGCCUGGACUGCAAGGGGAGCCGAACAUUGAACGUAGCCUGGAAGCACUUGGCAUCAAGAUUUCAUCCCUGAAGGAGCUCACGGGUGCAUACGAUGGGAGCUCGGACUCCUUUGUGCCACUGUCUGAACGGCUGCGGGGCCAGAAGGGCAGCCGGGGAGAGCCAGGGGAGAGGGGGCCCCCAGGUCGAGAGGGCUCCUUAGGCUUUCCUGGUGAGCGAGGACCCAAAGGUGACAAAGGAGAACUGGGUGCCCCUGGCCCCCAGGGCCCUAUGGGCCGUGUCGUGGGUGAGCGGGGUCCUGAGGGGCCACCUGGGCAGCCAGGGGAGCCUGGUAAGCCAGGCAUCCCCGGGGUGCCAGGCCGUGCUGGGGAGCUUGGGGAGGCUGGCAGGCCUGGUGAGAAGGGUGACCGGGGCGAGAAGGGUGACCGGGGCGAGCAGGGCAGGGAUGGAUUGCCUGGCCCGCAGGGGCCCCCAGGGCCCAAGGGCGAUGGUGGCUCACGGGGAGAGCGAGGGGAGCCCGGCGAGAAGGGCAGGGAUGGUGCCCAGGGCCUCCCGGGUGAGAGAGGGCUGGCUGGCCUCGAGGGGAAGCCGGUGAGUGAGGAUAUGGGCUUGCCAGGCUUCCCCGGCGUGCUGGGACGCCCGGGCAGCACUGGCCCGCCAGGGACUCAAGGGCCAGCUGGGACCAAGGGUGAGCCAGGGGAGCCUGGCUCUGGCAUCCGGGGUUUGCCUGGUCCCCAGGGUAGCAUGGGGCUGCCUGGCCCCACCGGCCCCCCUGGUCCAGGGGGUCCACCAGGUGUCCCAGGACUGCCAGGACAAGUGGGGGAGAGCGGGAAGCCAGGUGUGCCCGGCAGGGAUGGUGUGCCAGGGAAGGAUGGUGAGGCUGGGAUGCCUGGAAAGAUGGGUAUGCCAGGACCUUCAGGCCCUGCAGGUCCCAAGGGAGAGCCAGGGGAUGUUGGAGCCCCAGGACAGGCCAUCGCUGGCCCUCCUGGUGCCAAAGGUGAGAAGGGUGAGCCAGCGCUGCUGAAGGAUCUGCUGCUGGGAGAACCUGGCUCCAAGGGCGACCGAGGCUUACCUGGCCCCAAGGGUGAGAAGGGAGAGACAGGAGGAUUCGGAGAGCCAGGGGAUCCUGGGGAAGAUGGCAUACAAGGGGCCUCUGGCCUGAAGGGCGACAAGGGUGCCCCUGGGGCUGGGCUGCCAGGAGCCAGAGGUGAGCGUGGAGACCCAGGGCCACGGGGUGAAGAUGGACGCCCAGGACCAGAAGGCGAUCGAGGGCCAGCUGGCUUGCCUGGGAACCGGGGGGAGCGCGGGGACAAGGGAGAUGUUGGGGCUCCAGGGCCCAAAGGAGACAAGGGUGAUACUGUGGUGGUGGAGGGGCCUGCUGGAGCUCGAGGCAGCAAGGGAGAGCCGGGUGAGCGUGGUCUGAAGGGCAUGGAAGGAGACAAAGGUGACAAGGGGGAGCAAGGCAUGCCUGGAGAGAAGGGGACAAGGGGCGAGCAAGGUGAGAAGGGCUCCGUGGGCUUCCCUGGGGCACGUGGCCCUGGCGGGCAGAAGGGAGAGGUUGGAGUGUCAGGAGAGCCUGGUGAGCCGGGACAGCCUGGCCGCGAUGGGAUCCCCGGAGCCCGGGGAGAGAAGGGGGACAUAGGACCUCUGGGCAUGCGUGGCCCCAAGGGUGACCGGGGCAUGAAAGGUGCCUGUGGCCUUGAUGGGGACAAGGGCGAGAAGGGAGAGCCAGGGAUCCCGGGGCGCUCAGGGCUGCCAGGGAGGAAAGGCGAGCCGGGAGAGCUGGGGCUGUCAGGACCACCGGGCAUCCCUGGGAAGGAGGGGCUCAUGGGACCCAAGGGUGACCGAGGAUUCGACGGGCAGCAGGGAGCCAAAGGAGACCACGGGGAGAAAGGAGACCGGGGUGCCCCAGGAAUUAUAGGUGGCCCUGGUCCCCGGGGCAUUGAUGGUGCUCCUGGUCCCCCUGGACCCCCAGGGAGUGUUGGCCCCCGAGGUCCUGAGGGCAUGCAGGGCCAGAAGGGGGAGAGAGGCCCCCCUGGACAGUCAGUGCCAGGGGCCCGUGGUGUGCCUGGCAUUCCGGGUGAGAGAGGAGAGCAGGGCAGUCCUGGCACCCAGGGAUUCCGUGGGGAGAAAGGGGAGCCGGGCAUGAGGGAGGAGGAGAUCCGUGCCUUUGUCAGGCAGGAGAUGAGCCAGCACUGUGCCUGCGGGGGCCACUUCCCACGGCGUCUGGAUUCACAGCUCUUCCCCACUGGCAGCGCAGUCCCUGUGCUCAAGUUGUCGCAUGCUGAGGAAGAGGAGGGGCAGGACAGGCAGGUCAUGCUUGACACCGAUGACCUUGAGUACGACAGUGAGUAUGACGAGGAGGAGGACUAUGAUGAGGUUCUGGAGGCGGACCGCUUGGAGCAGCCUGCAGCCGGUGCUGAGCCCUGCAGCCUGCCCCUGGAGGAGGGGGACUGCCAACGCUACACACUGCGGUGGUACUACAACCAAAGAGCCUCUGAGUGCCGGCCCUUCGUCUACAGCGGCUGCCAGGGCAACCUCAACCGCUUCGACAGCAAGGAGGAGUGCGAGCUGCGCUGCGGGCAGCACCCCAGGGCAGGUGCCCAUGACACAGCCAGUGGCAAGGUGGGAAGGCAGACAAAGGUGUAG